AUGCACGUCGUCGGCCAAUUUGGAGCCAUUAGGCCUGUAAUGAUUCACUUCCAAACGGGCGAACAUCAAACGGUGGAGAACAAUGAGAGCCUGGCUGCCGUCUCUGCCUGCGCGUCUUUAAUUCUCCAUAACAAAAGUACAAAGGCCGAGACGGAGACCAAAAGCUUUACCCCUAACACCCUUAACACCUCUGCCGUCCACGGCGCCGCGCCACGCCGACGCGCACACACCGCGGUGCGUCUGGAGCGCAAGAGGAAGACAAGAAAAGUAGAGAGGAGCCUCGGGGAAGGCACAGAGGAGGGUGUAAGCAACGCGUCACAUUGUGCCCCAAACACACACCUGGUCCAUAUUCCAUCCAUUCGUGCCGGUUCCAUCCGCAGGCCUGGUCAUAAACAGCCGCCUCUCUGUGCGUCAUUUCCAGUUUCAGAGGGCAGACAGACGCCGGUGGCAGCCGCACCCGUCGUCCACGGUCCCGGUCCGGCUCCGGGCCCGAGCGGAGAAGAGGAGCAAACGGAGCCGUGCCCGCGCAGCGCAGCCUUGCUCGACCAGAGCCGGCGACACCGGACCGCGUUCACGCGCGAGCAGCUGUGCCGACUCGAGCAGGAGUACGUGAAGGAGAGCUACGUGUCUAGACCACGGAGGUGUGAACUGGCCACGGCGCUCAACCUCCCGGAGACAACGAUAAAGGUGUGGUUCCAGAACAGGAGGAUGAAAGACAAACGUCAGAGACACUCGUUGCCAUGGCCCCACCCUCUCAUCGACCCACUGGGGGCGCUCCUCCUCGGCAGGGCCACUCCAUCCUCCACCUUGCCAUAUCCUUUCAUUCCACCCCACCUCCACCAUCUUCCCUUCCCUUCUUACUCUCCACUGGCUCUGUCAUCACCAGCGUCGUCCACUCACAGUCCUUAUAGCUCACCCAUAAGGCCUCUGGAGGCGCUCCGCCUAUCCCAGUACCACAACAGACCCGGGGGGUUGCCUUCGACCACUCUCUACCCAUCCACUAGCAUCAGGCACCACCCUGCUUCAUGCCCAUGUGCCCUCUGUUUUCACUGGGGACCAGAUCAUCUGCUCAAAGCCAGAGGGGAGUCCCUGGGGUUCAGCCAGCCACAGAGUCCCAAAGCAAGCCUCCAGGCUGCAGGUCUGGACAGAAGGGAAGAAAUGGUUUAG